AUGGCGUCCGAAAGUAUGUCUAAUAAAAAAACCGUUGGACGCAAUCAACGUGAAAAAACGGCAAUUUCAAAACUAGACGCGUAUAUAACGAAAUAUGAAAGGAAAUUUGGUAAAAUAUCAGCAUUAAAUGUCUUAUCAAAGAAGCAAACAAAGUUAAUAAAACUCGUUCGCAAGUUAACGGACGCUAUCGAGAAAGAAGAGAUUAACAAACAACAGGCAUUUCAGAUACUCAAAGUAUCCAACGAUGCAAUAAAAGAGACAAUAUCCAAAUUGCAAGAUUCGAUGAAAAUGUACAAAGAAAGCGUGAGAUCCGAAAUUGCAAAGCUCGAUUAUUUGAGCACAGAUCGACUUUUAAAUAUUAAUUACGCAUGCACAUAA